CCCCGGCCGCUGCCGCUUAUCAAAGAUGCCCGGGCGGGGCCGCGCUCCCGAGACAAAUGUUCCGGGUGCUUUAUUGCUCCCGCCUUGGUGUUUACCGAAAGGCGGAUCGGGUCGCCGCCGCCUCGGAGGGGAGACGGAGCCUGGCUGCUUCCGCGGGGGCUGGGGCGGUGGCGAGGCGAGGGCGUCGCACCAGGUGACUGCCAACAGCCGGCCCAGUGUCGAAUCCAGAAAUGCACCACGGACUUUGUAGCCCUGACUUCGCACCUGAACUCUGCCAUUGACGGCUUUGACUCUGAGUUCUGCAAGGCACUGCGAGCCUAUUCUGGCUGCACCCAGCGAACGUCAAAGGCCUGCCGUGGCAACCUGGUGUACCAUUCUGCUGUGUUGGGCAUCAGUGACCUCAUGAGCCAGAGGAACUGCUCCAAGGACGGACCCACGUCGUCUACCAACCCUGAAGUGACCCAUGACCCUUGUAACUAUCAUAGCCACGCAGGAGUCAGAGAACACAGGGGCGGGGACCACAGCCCUCCCAAUUACCUGUUUUGUGGCUUGUUUGGAGAUCCUCACCUUAGAACUUUCAAGGAUCACUUUCAAACAUGCAAAGUGGAAGGGGCCUGGCCACUCAUAGAUAAUAAUCAUCUUUCGGUUCAAGUGACAAACGUGCCCGUGGUCCCUGGAUCCAGUGCUACUGCUACAAAUAAGAUCACGAUCAUCUUCAAAGCCCACCGUGAGUGUACAGACCAGAAAGUGUACCAAGCUGUGACAGAUGACCUGCCAGCUGCCUUUGUGGAUGGCACCACCAGUGGCGGGGAUGGCGACACCAAGAGCCUGCGUAUCGUGGAGAGGGAGAGUGGCCGCUACGUGGAGAUGCACGCCCACUACAUAGGCACGACGGUGUUUGUGCGGCAGCUGGGUCGCUACCUGACUCUCGCCAUCCGCAUGCCUGAGGACCUGGCCAUGUCCUACGAGGAAAGCCAGGACCUGCAGCUGUGUAUGAAUGGCUGCCCCUUGAGCGAACGCAUCGAUGACGGCCAGGGCCAGGUGUCCGCCAUGCUGGGGCACAGCCUGCCUCGCACCUCCUCGGUGCAGGCCUGGCCCGGCUACACACUGGCGACUGCCAGCGCUCAAUGCCAUGAGAAGAUGCCAGUGAAGGACAUCUAUUUCCAGUCCUGUGUCUUUGACCUGCUCACCACUGGUGAUGCCAACUUCACCGCCGCAGCCCACAGUGCCUUGGAGGACGUGGAGGCACUGCACCCGAGGAAGGAACGCUGGCACAUCUUCCCCAACAGUGGUAGCGGUGCUCCAAGUGCGGCCGGCGAUUUGUCCGUCAGCCUGGGACUCACGGGCUUGAUCCUUGUUGUGUUUUUGUAGGGGUUGUCUUUUGUUUUUGUUUUUAAUUUUUUUGUCUAUAACAAAAUUUUAAAAUAUAUAUUGUCAUAAUAUAUUGAGUAAAAGAGUAUAUAUGUAUAUACCAUGUAUAUGACAGGAUGUUUGUCCUGGGUUACCACCUAUUGUACAUAUUGUGCUUGGCUGUUUUCACACGCAUUGGAUGUAGUGUUCUUUGAUUGUAUCAAUUUUGUUUUGCAGUUUUGUGAAAUGUUUUAUAACAUCCCUGCUGGGGACCUGUUAGAAAGCACUUUAUUUUUUAUAUAUUAAAUAUUUAUGUGUGUACCUGGUUAAUAUGUAUAGUACAUAUACACAGACACCAUACUCAAUGUUCCCUUCGAAGGUGACCAGUUGUAGCUAUUCUUGGCCAUCCUGUCCUGCCCUUUCCCACUGCCACUGAUUUGCCACAGUGUGCAGUUUUCUCUGGCCACACCCUGGUGGAGCUGCCUCUUUGCUUGGGAGUAUUUUCCUCACUCGUCCUCCUGCCCUCACUCAAUUUCAAAAGACAGCUCCUUCCUCCCUUACAGGCUCUUUCGACUCUACUGCAUACUGAUCUAAAUAAGGAGCCCUCUCUCUAAUAGCUGUCACUUCUUUGGAAGGUGAGGAGUAUUGCUACAGUUCUUAGCACCCCUGCUUCCACUUGUCGUAUUUGAACACAUGGUGUGCUAGGUUGGACCUGUGAAAACUGCUUUCUGUAGGUAAAAGGGGUCUCGUGAUGGCAGCUUCAUAGAUAGGUACUAGGCACCUUGCUAGACUUCAGUAGCUCUGCUUUUUCUCAUCCCAUGCCCCAGUUUAAAUUGUAAGUUUUCUCUUUUAACUUAAUUCAUUAAAACAUGAAGCCACAAACUUAGUAAUAAUCAUGACUUGUUCUUUGUGUAAUUUGUGGAAGCCCAUGUUCUUAGCUGUCUCGACUCUUUGGACCCAGAAACAUAACUCCCUGUCUCACCACAGUUGACUGACCUCAGCCUCACCUUAUGAAUCCAAGGGCUGGUUUUGUUAAGAGUGAUGAGACUCAGGUCCUACCACAGAAGUUCUCCAUUCUUCCAUGCCCUCCACUCACUGGUCUUCACAGUUCUUGACGUGAUUUUAUGUAUAAUGAAAGGGAGUAGGGUGUUGAUGGCAGAAAACCUUCUUUGGCCUGACUCAGUAUAUGCUUGACAAUGGCUGCUGAUGAGACCAAAUAUUAACUCAGUGUUGUGCUGCCCAAGUACUCUGUCUUUUAAUUCUCCCCUCUUAAUGCCUGUAGCUGAAUAUUAAUUGUUCAUGUGACUUGGUGAAAUCUAUAAAUUAUAAAUCUUUUGGGCCCAGGGAUUUAGCUCAGUUCCACCAAUUGCCUUGCAAGCACAAGGUCCUGAGUUCUAUCCCUGGUACCAAAAAAAAAGGUGAUCUCUCUCCUCCCGUUCCAUAGUUUGUACCCUUAGGAAGAGGAAAAACAGCUGCAACAAAAGGCAGGAAUAAAUAGGUGGGGUUAUAUCCAAACACAAAUUUUGGUUCUAAGAACUGGUAC